AUGUCGUUAUUAGGAAAGAAGUUCAACGCGCCAUUCGCUAAGCCAUUGGCUCCCUUUUUCUUUGCCGGUACGCACAUGACCAACACGCAGACUGACGCGCGAACAGGCCUCAUCAUGAUGUACGGAAUCAACUCCUUCGGCAACACGUUGAUGAACACCGAUGAAUUCAAGAACGACCCGCGAAACCCCAACGCUGGCAAGGCGCAAAAGCCUGCGGAGAAGCACUGA